AUGACAACCACCGUCGAGCUUGCUUCUGUGCCUUCGGCCGACACUCCAGGCACCUGCAUCUACCUGCAUCAUGACAAGCGCUCGUACGUCUUUGGUCGCGUCUCAGAGGGCACUCAGCGAGCGUUUGGAAGUCGCAAGAUCCACAUGGGAGGAACAGAACAUGUCUUUCUCAGCGGCAGCGUCAACUGGGAGCAGCUCGGUGGUCUCUGCGGCUAUCUGCUCAGCGUUGGCGGAGCUAUUGAGUCAGCCAAGGAGUAUACAACACAGGAAAACGCCAAGAGAGGACAGAAAGGCCAAAAGUUGCUAAAUAAGACUCUUCAUGCUGGAAUUUCAGUGCACGGGGCGGACAACUUGUGCCACACGAUGGCGUCGCUACGGCCAGUCAUCUUUCGACAGCCCAUUUGCGUGCGCACCUACGAGCACAGGACAGAUCCUCGAGCGGCAGAUGCGUCAAAUCUCGAGCCAGAUUGGUCAGAUGAUGCGAUCAAAGUGUGGAAAAUCCCUGUACGGAGAGCACGAUCAAGCAGCCCUCGAAAACGAAGACGCAGCAGCCAGACACAGGAUAGGAACUCACCCAAAGAUGCGUCUUCAGAAGAAGACUCGUUCCAGCCACGAACAUCCAUAUCAGACCCCGAAGUAGCGAGCGCAAUUGUCGAGCGGAUCAUGUUCAAUGGUAGCCUGAAGAACAGGUCCGUUCUGGUGCCGAAGAAUAUAGGAGAUCUUAAGCCUACGGACAAGGCUGCCAUCAUUGAGAACAGCAAUAUAAGGUUAUACAAGGGGCCUUAUGCUGCUGAUGGCGUCAAGUUGCCGAAUCCAGACGAUACCGUGUGGCAUUUCCCCGAUCUUGGCGAGAUUGGUGUGGAUGAUAGAAGCGAAAACACUCUCGCAAUCAACCACUUUCCUCUUCCUCGGACGACAUACGCCGAGACUUCUAUGAGCUACAUCAUCAAGGCUCAUGACCGCAGAGGCAAAUUCAAUGCUCCAGUGGCGAAAUCCCUUGGAGUUGAACCUCGAGACUUUAAACUUCUGACUGCCGGCCAGAGCGUUCAGGGUAAAGAUGGCCUGGUUACACCUGAAAUGGUUCUAGGAGAGACCCAGCGGGGAAAGGGCUUCGUCGUAGCGGAUAUUGGCAGCCAGGAUCUCAUUGAAUCAUUUAUGGGGCGACCUGAGUGGAAAAAUCAGGAGCUUAUGGAGAAUAUUGCCGUCAUGUAUUGGAUCGUGGGGUCAGACGCGACGUAUGACCAACGAAUCCAGCAGUUUAUCGGCGAACACCCAAACAUCAAGCACAUUUUUUGCACGCAGGAUUCAUGUCCUAACAUGAUUACACAUCCUGGUGCAGCAACCAUACAGACCAAGCUGCGCCGAAUCGAUCCUGAGAGAUUUCCUCUACUCAAAUUCGAGAACACAGUCAAAUAUCCCGCUCCUCCAGAAAGUUCUUCUAUUGAGCUGGGGCGAGCCGGACACAAAUUUCAGCUCAUGCCACGCCUUGUAUUUGAUGACCAGGCUAUCGCUCCGUUCCCCGAUCUGGUGGAGGCCCAUGAGUCUGUAGACGAGGAAGUUCUUAAGAUGGCUGCGGCGGCCCAUGCCGAAGCAACAGAUCCAGCGUUCGUGACACGGAUUGAAGAGCAAGAGCUCGACAUUCCGAACAGAGACGCGGAGAUUAUUCCUCUUGGAACAGGAUCGUCUGUGCCUAGCAAAUACAGAAAUGUCUCCGCUACGCUGAUUCGGGUUCCUGGAAUUGGAAAUUACCUGCUCGACUGCGGUGAAGGAACUCUAGGCCAGAUUCGACGUCUCUUCGAUGCUGAAGAAGCGGUGGAUAUCCUGCGUAAUAUGCAAUGUAUUGUCAUCAGCCACGUCCAUGCAGACCACCACAUGGGCACUCCUUCGCUCAUCAAAGCAUGGUAUGAGCAGACUCUAAAGGAUAACAGCACCGCCACGCUCGCGAUAUCCUGUAUUGGGCGCUAUCGGGUUUUGUUGGAGGAAUUGUCCCAAAUCGAAGAUAUUGGGUUUCAUAGAUUGAGAUUCCCCAGUUGCCCUUUCCCCAAGGAGAAAGACCGCGACGUGACGACUAGAGAGGAUCUUGGAGAUGAGAACUUUGGCUUAGCAUCCAUCAAGCGCGUACCCGUACCUCACUGCUGGCGGUCUUUUGGAACUCAGCUGGAGCUGACAUCGGGCCUAAAGAUUGCCUACUCGGGCGACUGCCGCCCUUCUAAACUCUUCGCCCAAGAAUGCCGUGGCGCCCACCUCCUUGUACACGAGUGCACAUUUGGUGAUGACAAGCAGGAUCACGCAAAGGCGAAAAAGCACAGCACUAUGGGCGAGGCUCUGGGCGUAGCUCGCGAGAUGCAGGCCCGACGCACGUUGCUGACGCAUUUUUCGCAGCGAUACUCCAAAUCGGACUCAUUGAAAAGAGAUCGCGUCGAGGGAGUUGAACAUGAUGUGCUGCUGGCGUUUGACUUCAUGGCGGUGAAGCUGGGAGACUUUCAGAAGGCGGCGUGCUAUCUGCCUUCGGUGCAGCGGUUUAUGGAGAAGCUGGCGGACUGA